GCUAGGCUGCCUAUUGCCCUGAACUGUUUUUUGUUAAAUACCUAUUGCCCUAAAACCCUUUCUUCUUUUCUGCAACUUUAACUCUAGAUUCUCAGAGCUUCUUGAUUUCGACGAUCCAUUUGUUCAAAGAAUUUGAUAUUGUGACUUGUGGGAGGGGCUCCACAUAAACCGCAGCUAGGGUUUGUCGUCUUUUUUCAGUAACUUGAACUGGAUAAUCUCAGAGCUCUCAUCUUCAAAGCUCCAGUUGCUUGAAGGGAUCGAAGAAAUUGAGUUUGUGAGAUAUUACAGAGAUAAAUCGUAUGGAAGGUUUUUUGUCUACUUUUCUGUAAUUUGGAUAGAGAAUCUGAGUUCUCAGUGUCAGAAGAUCUUCAAUUGUUGAAAGGAAUUGAGACAAAUAAGAGAGAACGUUAAUGGAAGUAAAGCGGAGAACCGCUCUGUCUCUGGUGAAGAGGUUGAGUUCGGCUUCAGAGGAAACCCGAAUCUCAGCUCUCUGUGAGCUUCGCCUUAUGUCCAAGCACGAUUCAGAUAGCCGUUCCUUUAUAGCUGAAGCAGGAGCAGUUCCUCACCUUACCGAAAAUCUCUACUCGUCGUCUCCACUUGCCCAAGAGAACGCCAUCGCAACACUUCUCAACGUCUCAAUCUCCAAUCGCGAGAUCCUCAUGUUGACGCCUGACCUCCUCGAUGCGAUCUCCCACCUACUCCGCCUCCCUUGGGCCACCGCCGCCACCGUUCAAAUUUCCGCUGCAACCAUCUACAGUCUCCUCCUCGACGAAGAAAACCGACCCAUCAUCGGAUCCAAACGAGAAAUCGUUGAAUCCCUUAUCAACAUCGUACGUGACGCUUCGUCUCCUACGAGGUCCAUCAAGGACGCCCUCAAAGCCCUCUUCGGCAUCUCACUCUGUUCUCUCAACCGUCCUACCAUGAUCGAAUUGGGUGCAGUUCCAGCGCUUUUCUCGCUCGUAGUGAAGGAUGGACGAAUUGGGCUUGUGGAGGACGCGACGGCGGUGAUUGCACAGGUCGCUGGGUGCGAUGAGAGUGGUGAUGCCUUCAGGAAGGUGUCUGGUGUUGGGGUUUUGGUGGAUUCGUUUUACCCAUCGACGGGAUCGAGUGUUAGGGCGAGAGAGAAUGCAGUUUCGGCGUUGCUGAAUUUGGUGCAGAGUGGAGGAGAGAGGACUGUACUGGAAGUUAAAGAGAUGUGUUUGGGAGUUUUGGAUGGGAUUAUGGAUGUUGCAGAGACUGGGAGUUCCAAGGCCAAGAGUAAGGCGACUGCACUUUUGAGACGACUCAGAGAAGGAAAUGAGGAUGAAUCAGAGGGGGAUCCACGGUUUAAUUUUAUCUUGGAUCGGUAGCCUUAGAUAAGUUACCUUCUAUCAAAAUUCAGAUUGUACAGAGAUUUUAUUUUAUUUUGGAUCGGUAGCCUUAGUUUUGUAUUCAAUUUUGAGUUUCUGCAGUAUAUUUUGUGCAAAAUUAGGUCUUUCAUUAGCACUUUCUACUUUACGGUGGAAUCUAUGAUUGAGGUCUACCUCAAAUCUGAGAACAAUUGUAUACUACAUCUCCCCUUAUAGUGAAUGAUUCAGAUAUAUACAUGUUUGCUUUCAAACUUUUUCUA